AUGAAUUUUACUCACCACCGAAUUUCACUGCAGAACUCGCUUUUGGGAAAGUUUAGAUUAGGGGAAAAUUUGCUUCCAUGUAAGGUUGAAGAAGACCACCAAACUCAGCGAGGAUUUAUGGCUGGUAUACAUGUCACUUAUCAACCCGUUGUUCUGGAAGCGAACCAAAGUCCCUGGCUAGAAAGAGCAAAAGGCCUACCAGAAAAGUUGUCUAUUUGCAAAGAUUGGUUCUUUGCUGUCACAUUGGCUGGCUUCAUACUUUACUGUGGAAGAGCAUUUGAGCAGGUCAAACGUGUUGUUCUCAUAUUCCUGUUGUGA